CAUUUUGCAAUUGGACCUUUUUAGAAGCCCAGAAUCAAUUAGAGGACAACGAAAGCACCAAAGGGCGAAGAACCAAGCAAAUGAACAUAUCACUGGAAACUGUGAACUGAACUCCAGUCCUAUCAGCGACUCGGUUACAAAAUGUCUGUUCCCGGCCAACCUUUUCCAACAUCCUCAACAGAUUGCAUCAAUGUGUUUUGGCACGAGGGAAUGCUAAGACAUGACACAGGCCGUGGCGUAUUUGACUCGGGGAUCGACCCAGGUUUCUUGGAGGUGUUAGAAAAGCAUCCGGAGAAUUCAGAAAGGGUCAGGAACAUCGUCUCUAUCCUCAGAAGAGGACCCAUCUCUCCUCACGUCUCUUGGCACUCUGGCAGACCUGCUAAUAUUCCUGAGCUUCUCUCUUUCCAUUCCCAAGCAUAUAUUAAUACACUAGUUGAAGCCGACAAAAAUGGGGGUAAGGAAAUCUGUGGUGGUACCUUCUUGAACCCUGGUUCAUUCGAUGCCGCUCUGCUAGCUGCCGGUACAACGCUAUCAGCUAUGAAACAUAUACUUGAUGGCCAUGGGAAACUUGCUUAUGCAUUGGUUAGGCCUCCAGGUCACCAUGCUCAACCUACUCAAGCAGAUGGGUAUUGCUUUUUUAACAACGCUGGGCUUGCUGUGCAAUUGGCUUUAGAUUCAGGGUGUAGAAAGGUCACGGUCAUAGAUAUCGAUGUUCAUUAUGGAAAUGGGACAGCAGAGGGGUUCUAUUGGUCUGAUAAAGUUCUUACAAUGUCCCUCCAUAUGAAUCAUGGUUCUUGGGGUCCUUCUCAUCCACAAAAUGGAACAGUAGAUGAGCUUGGUGAAGGGGAAGGAUUUGGGUAUAAUUUGAAUAUACCUUUACCAAAUGGAACCGGUGACAAGGGAUAUGAAUAUGCGAUGAGGGAGUUGGUUGUCCCAGCUGUUCAGAAGUUUGAGCCAGAUGUGAUCGUGCUGGUGAUUGGUCAGGACUCAAGUGCUUUUGAUCCAAAUGGAAGACAAUGCUUGACAAUGGAUGGUUAUCGUGAGAUUGGGCGGAUAGUUCGAAGCUUGGCAGAUAGGCAUUGUGGUGGACGCCUUCUUAUUGUCCAAGAAGGGGGAUACCAUGUUACAUACUCUGCUUAUUGUGUUCAUGCAACACUAGAAGGUGUGCUUAAUCUUCCACUUCCUUUGUUGUCCGAUCCUAUUGCAUAUUACCCAGAGGAUGAGGCUUUUGUUGUUAAAGUCAUUGAAUCAAUUAAGCAGUACCAAAGGAAUACUGUACCAAUAUUAAAGGAAGAUUGAGUCAUGAUUUCAGGGGUAUGUUUACAGCUGAUUCAGUAACCCAGAAGUAUUAUACGGAAUGGGAAUAAUACAACUGAGGAAGGUGGCCACCAUUCCUAGAAGGUAGGUUGACCACCAGAACAAGCUCAAUCGUUUUAAGCAAUAUCUUUAUCAUAUCGAUGAAGAAUAUGGCCCUAAAACUGUCUCAGAUAGUUGCUAUCAUAAGCCACAAUUUGCAUCUAAAAUAAAUUAGUAGUCUUGCAUCUUAUGCAGGCAUCACUUACCAGUUGCAACAUUUCAUUUCGGCAAAGGCAGCUGUAGUAGUGACAAUAUUGGGUGCCUGCUUAUCAGCUUAUCGGCUUGUUAGUCUUUGUCUGCUUGUAUGCAUGGGUAGUAUGAUUGAGAACACCCAGUUAAACAAUUUGAUCCAAAUAGCCAUGAUUUCUUUUGGGCUUUGGGCUAGCAGGGACUUGAAAAUAUUGAGUUUAAUGGAACGUUUUCAUAGGCAAAAUGCAUUGCAAUUUAUUGGAAGUAUAGGGUAGAAUUGAUGGAUGGAUGCAUUCAUGGUGUUACAGUGGUGGA